AGUGAGGGAGAGAGUGAGUGGUGGUUGCCCUGAGAGAGAAGAGAUGGCUUUCUCCCGCCGACAAGCUCCAUACCUGAACCCGGACAUCCCCUUUACUGGUCGUAUCCAAGGAGGCCUGAGGGAAGGACUUAAGAUCACACUCCAGGGGACCAUCGACCCUUUUCCAGAUGAGAUUAUCGUGAACUUUCAGAAUGGCUUGACUAGAAGUGAUAAAGUCGCCUUCCAUUUCAAAGCCCGGUUUGAAGGCGGUGGGUAUGUGGUUUGCAACACGAAGCGGCUGUCUGACUGGGGUCCUGAGGAGAGGAAGAUGCAGAUGCCCUUCCAGGCGGGGAAGCCCUUUGAGCUGUGCUUCCUGGUGGACAGCAAAGAGUUUACGGUGAUGGUGAACAAGAGCUUCUUCGUUCAGUACUCACACCGCGUACCCUACCGCCUCGUGGACACCAUUUCUGUCUCUGGCUCCCUGCAGCUGUCCUCCAUCACCUUCCAGUCUCAAGACUGGCAGCCUGCCCACCAGGCACCCAAGCUUGCACCUUUCAUCACCGACAUCCCAAGUGGGCUUUACCCAUCCAAGUCCAUCAUCGUAUCAGGCAUGGUCCUGCCAGAUGCUACGAGGUUCCAUGUCAACCUUCGCUCCGGGAAUGACACUGCUUUCCACUUGAACGCCCGUUUCGAUGAGAACGUUGUGGUCCGAAACUCUCUGAUCAACAACUGCUGGGGGCCUGAGGAGCGAAGUCUGCCUGGGAGAAUGCCCUUCAGUCGUGGCCAGAGCUUUACAAUGAGGAUCUUAUGUGAAAGUCACUGCUUCAGGGUGGCUGUGGACGGUCAACACCUGUGUGAGUACGCUCACCGUCUGAAGAAUUUGCCUGCUAUCAACAAUCUAGAAGUGGCCGGCGAUAUCCAUGUGAACCAUGUGCAGCCAUAG